UGUAGCCUUCACAAUAUUUUUGGAACGUUAGUUUAAAACGCAGCUGUUCAGAAAUAUGAGGAAGAGACAUGGGAUUCAUUGGUUGAUGGUUCAGAAGAGGGUAAUGCUGCGGUGUCUUGUUAGCAGGUGCCUUUUGACCAAUCCCUUCGCAGGUCAGACAAGAAAGCUGUCAGGAGGCAGUCUUGCUGGGUCUCAAAGCAGUCUUGCAGGGAAGGUUGCCAUAGUCACUGCCUCCACAGAUGGAAUCGGUUUGGCUGCAGCCCAGGCUCUGGGGCAGAGAGGGGCUCACGUCGUGGUGAGUAGCAGACGGCAAUCAAACGUCGGCAAGGCCGUGGCACUACUGCAGAGUGAGAAGAUACAAGUGACCGGGACGACUUGCAACGUUGGGAAUAGUGAAGACAGAGCUAGACUUGUUAACAUGACAGUGGAACAGUGUGGUGGUGUGGACAUCUUCGUUUCGAACGCUGCAGUCAACCCUUUCUUUGGGAACAUUAUGGACUCGACCGAAGCAGUCUGGGAUAAGAUCCUGGAUGUGAAUGUAAAGUCGGCCUUUCUUAUGACCCAACUGGUGGUGCCGCAUAUGGAGAAGAGGGGGGGUGGGAGUGUUGUGUUUGUGUCCUCUGUCGCUGGGUACCAGCCUAUGCAGGCACUGGGCCCUUACAGCGUGAGUAAGACAGCUCUGUUGGGACUAACCAGAGCCCUGGCCCCUGAACUGGCCCAGAGCCACAUCCGGGUCAACUGUGUGGCCCCUGGUGUCAUUAAGACCCCCUUCAGCCAAGCAUUGUGGCAGGACGAAGACGUUGUGGACAAGUUCAAGAAGCAGCUUAGCAUUAAAAGGUUUGGAAAGCCAGAGGAGAUCGGUGGAGUAAUCGCCUUCCUGUGCUCUAAGGACGCGUCUUACAUCACUGGAGAGACAAUCACUGUGACUGGAGGGAUGAGCUGCAGACUGUGAGGCUGAUUGACUGGAAAGUGUUAAUAGAAUCUGGCAACACUGACUCAACAGAAACAAUGCUUUUGUAAUAUAAUGGACUGUAAGACAGGAAGAUUCACUAUACAUUUCAGUCAUUUCUUUCUCUCAAAAUCAAAUGCCAGGAAGCGAUGGGGAAGUGGACAGUCACCACCACUGAUAUUCUUUCUGGGUAUGUUUUCCAGCGGGCACUAUACAGUGCAGUCAGUUAACAAAUAAAUGGCAUGUUUUUUUGCUAAGCUUUUAAAGCUCCGUCACCGCACAUUGUAAGCAUUUUAGCUCACAAGCAGCG